AUGUCGAACACCGCUGGUCAGAUCAUCAAGUGCAGAGCUGCGGUUGCAUGGGAGGCUGGGAAGCCGCUGGUGAUUGAAGAAGUAGAGGUGGCGCCGCCACAGACCGGUGAAGUUCGUCUCAAGAUACUCUUCACCUCCCUUUGCCACACUGAUGUUUACUUCUGGGAAGCUAAGGGUCAGACUCCAUUGUUUCCUCGUAUAUUUGGUCAUGAAGCUGGAGGGAUUGUGGAGAGUGUAGGUGAGGGUGUGACUCACCUCAAACCAGGGGAUCAUGCCCUGCCGGUGUUCACAGGGGAGUGUGGGGAUUGUCCACACUGUAAGUCAGAGGAGAGCAACAUGUGUGAUCUUCUUAGGAUCAACACUGAUAGGGGUGUCAUGCUCAAUGACAACAAGUCCAGAUUUUCUAUCAAGGGACAACCUGUACACCAUUUCGUCGGCACCUCUACAUUCAGUGAGUACACUGUGGUACAUGCUGGAUGUGUUGCAAAGAUAAACCCUGAAGCACCACUUGACAAAGUUUGCAUUCUCAGUUGUGGAAUAUGCACAGGUCUUGGUGCUACCAUCAAUGUUGCUAAACCAAAACCCGGUUCUUCUGUUGCUAUCUUUGGACUUGGAGCUGUUGGCCUUGCUGCUGCUGAAGGGGCAAGGAUUUCUGGUGCAUCAAGAAUCAUUGGAGUUGAUUUAGUUUCCAGCCGAUUUGAAUUAGCUAAGAAGUUUGGGGUAAACGAGUUUGUAAACCCAAAAGAUCACGACAAACCUGUGCAACAGGUAAUUGCUGAAAUGACUAACGGAGGUGUUGACCGUGCUGUUGAAUGUACUGGUAGCAUUCAGGCCAUGACCUCAGCAUUUGAAUGUGUCCAUGAUGGUUGGGGUGUUGCUGUACUUGUUGGAGUUCCAAACAAAGAUGAUGCCUUCAAAACUCAUCCUAUGAAUUUCUUGAAUGAGAGGACUCUUAAGGGUACAUUCUAUGGAAACUACAAACCCCGCACGGAUCUUCCUAAUGUUGUAGAGAAGUACAUGAAAGGGGAGCUGGAACUGGAGAAAUUCAUUACUCACAGAAUACCAUUUUCAGAGAUAAACAAAGCUUUUGAUUACAUGCUCAAAGGGGAGUCUAUUAGGUGUAUCAUCAAAAUGGAUGAGUAA